UAGAGUAGGAUAUGCAUAGUCUGAGUCAAUCUUUAUUGAUGUUUGAGAAUAUUAGCUUUUUGACCCAACUCGAGCUAUAGCAUCCUUUCAAUAUCAUAUUGAAUUCCACAUCAGAAAUCUUCAGUGGAGCUCUCAGCCGUUGGUUUGGUCACUCUGAAAAAGAACAGCAAUAAUAUCCACAGACAAAACAACAAUUGUAUGGACCCAGUCAGUCAGACUGCUCCGGAAUUUCUAGCUUUGGUUGUGGCUCAAUGACGGUGAGAGUUAAUGACGGCCUUUGAGUAGGUGAGCAAGUUACUUUCGUGGAUCCGAGUUCCAUGACAAUCGGUGUCCCGUGAAUCAACUAGGAAACACUUCUCGCCCUUUGCUAGUGGAGUGGAUGACUUUCUCACGGUGACCAUGACCAACAAUUUGACCACCAACUAUGACAUCCCCAACUGGGCGGGCAAACCACCCACGGGCCUCCAUUUGGACGUCUUGAAGGACGGGAAGCUGAUCCAGAAAUUAAUGAUCGACGAUAAGCGAUGCUAUUUAUUCGGACGCAAUGCCCAACUCAAUGACGUGUGCAUUGACCACCAGAGUUGCUCUCGCGUCCAUGCCGCAUUGGUCUACCACAAACAUCUCCACCGCAUGUUCCUCGUGGACCUGGGUAGUACUCACGGCACUUUCAUCGGUCGGGUCCGACUGGAAGGACAUAAGCCCACGCAAUUACCUGCCGAGAGUCAGUUCCAUUUUGGUGCGUCCACUCGCAUGUAUUUGGUCAGAGAGCGCCCGCAAUCCGGACCUCGACCCAUUAUGGACGAGUUGGAAAAGGCCGGCGAAAACACGGAUGGGGCUCACUUGCUAGGAUUGCCCGAGACGGAGACGGAGCUCGACCAUUUGACCGAGUUUAAUACGGCUCACAACCGGCGGAUCACCAUGCUAGGCAUUCCGGAGGAAAAACCCAGGAAGAAGCGCAAGAUUCGGAUCACUUUCAAUGAAGAGGAGGAUGUUAUCAACCCAGAAGACAUCGAUCCAAGCGUAGGGCGAUUCCGAAACAUGAUUGAAUCCACCGUCAUACCCAAAAAGCGCUCCAACGAAUCAUCGUAUCCAGGUUUAUUAUCUUCAGGCCAUUCAGGACCCUCUCCUAACAAAAAGCCCCAUCUGCUUCCUCAACCUACCUCCCCCAAAGGUCUUUACGAUGGAAUAGAUCCCAGCUUUGGAGGAGUCACGGGCUUUUCCUCCAAAUUAGGCAUUCCCUUGCCCAAUCCCGCCCCCGAUAUCGAUAUGACCACGCCAGCCGUCAAUGCCGCGGUACCGGUGGCUCCUGUAGCUAGUUCGUCCAUUACUCACGAUUCUCAUGUGCCUGCGGCCGCAUCUUCAGAAGAUCCCAAUGAACCCAAAAAGAAGAAAUAUGCCAAAGAAGCAUGGCCGGGGAAAAAGCCGGUGCCCUCUCUUCUAAUGUGAGACAUUCGAGAUCCGCUCCAAGGGAGAACUUCAUGAAAUCCUUGUUUUGUAACUUGUAAUUGUGUCAGUAACAUAUUGACUUAACUAGAUAAUGAGCGAUUUUGUUUUCAACUUUUAAAACA